AUGGAGUCCACAGCCGUAUCCCAGCAACAUGUGCCCUCGCGUUCUACAGGUGCCGGUGGAGCGCAAGGUACACGGAAGCUACGCGAGAGCUGCAUUUCCUGCUCCAAGUCCAAGGUGAAAUGCGACAAGGAGAAGCCCACAUGUGGCCGAUGCGUCCGACGUGGCCUCCCUUGCGAGUAUAUGGUGUCCCGACGCACUGGCCGCACUCGAGUCAUUGGCGUUGAGAGGCCACCGACGACAAUGGCAGCGACAACGACAAUGACAACGACGGCGACGACGGCGACGACAGGGACAAUGACGGUUGACUGCUCCCUUGGUACGAGCACACCGAACCAUACCAGACCACCUCAUCGAGCAGACAUCGGGGGCACUCCAGCGCCUCCCCAACAAGCCCUACCAGCUGUCACCGCACAUUCACCAGCUAUCACAACCAGACCUUCACCCAAGCCAACACAUCUGCAGUCCCCGCCGAGCGACUCUGAAUUGUGGAACGCAAUUCUCUCGCCGAAUGCAUCCAGCUCCACCGAUCUCUCGUCCCUCCUCUCCGUGAACACCGAUAUCGGGCAACUGUUUGCCUCCCUAUCUCCUUCGCAGCUCGAUGGCCCCGAUAACAUGGAUACCGACCUGCAUGCGCAUGGGUUGGGCGAACUAUCGGUCGCCGAUCCAUCCUCCUCUCUCAUGCACGAAUUGGAGGGCCCGGAACGCCUCCCGCUGCCCGACUCGGCGGCAAAGGCUCAUCCUUGUUGUUUGGCACUCUGCUUGGACAUUCUCAUGCGACUGUUUCCGAAUGCGCAGGCCAGCUGCGAGAGGCCUGGUAGUCAGGACGGGCCCGGGAAGUUUUGCACGAUUGAGUCAGUCAUCGAGGACAACAAGCAGAUCCUGGGCACGGUCCAGACGGUGCUAGAAUGCCGCUGUGCGGAGGACGAGUAUGUUGCCACCCUGGUCUCGCUUAUUGUCUUCAAAGUCAUGGGCUGGUAUGUUGCGGUGGCUCGAGAUCGGUCAUCGGACCCCAUACGGGAUGACGAUUUCAGCUGGGUGAGUGGAGGGAGCAGUGGUUCGGAUACUCGUCGGCAUUCAGUGGCGUCGUUCGAGGAGCAAGUGCUGCAUCUACCCACUAUUGUCGGUAGCUACUGCGUCGAUGGCCAUCACCAAAGCCGGAUGGCAGCCCAGUUGGUGUUGAGUGAGCUAUACCGCGUACAACGUCUGGUCACCCUGGUGGGACGUCGACUAGAGGCCAUCCGACACCGUUCCCUCAGCGCCGAUUCUACCAGCACCUCCAGUUCCGCCUCAAGCAGUGUGCCAGACUCAGGGGGCGGACUGUCGGGGCUGGCCAGAAUCCCAGCGGCGCCCUUGUCAUCCACCACGUUGUCUCACCUAGAGGACGACUUGCGCAAGCGACUGCGCGCUGUCUCGUCGGAGACUAUCAGCAUCCUUCGACAGGCCUGA